AUGGAUCCAAUAUUUCAACCUUACGGCAGCGCCCAGGAUUUACUGCCAGCAGAUUUCCAACCUCCUCCAAGUGAGGAGAAACGGGAUUGGCACGAUUAUUUGGCGAUGGAACGCGAUGCUAAGCGUGUGGGCCUUGGUGAACAGGGAAAGGCAGCCAAAUUGAAGAAUUCGACUCGCAAUUUACAGCUUAAACUGUAUAAGAAAUACGGUUUAAAUGCGCUGCUCUCCGACUCUAUAUCAGUUAAUCGUUCCUUGCCAGAUAUUCGGCAUCCGAACUGCAAAAAGAAGCUGUAUCUGAGUGUGCUACCUAAGGCGAGCAUUAUUUUAAUUUUCUACAACGAGUACUUCAGCGUGCUGAAGCGAUCUUUGCAUAGUGUUAUUAAUCGCUCACCGCCAGAGUUGAUUAAAGAGGUUAUAUUGGUGGACGACUACAGUGAUCAUGAUCAUCUCCACAAGCCCCUAGAGGACUAUAUAGCCGGCCAUUUUACGAAUGUGCGGAUUAUUCGACUACCUCGACGCAUGGGUUUGAUGGCCGCCCGAACUGCAGGUGCACGGAAUGCGACCGCGGAGAUUCUGGUCUUUCUGGACUCCCACAUCGAAGCCAAUCACAAUUGGUUACCACCAUUGUUGGAGCCCAUCGCACUAAACAAGCGAAUGGUCGUAUGUCCUGUUAUUGAUAGAAUUAAUUAUACAACGUUUGAAAUGAGUGGUGUGUGGCCUAUCGGCCAUCGUAGUGCCUUCAACUGGGAUCUCGGCUAUAUCGUAUUGUACCGAGAGAAUAACGUCAAAUUUCCGGGCGAACCAUUUAAAAAUCCGAUCAUGAUGGGUGGACUAUUCGCCAUAUCGACACAAUUCUUUUGGCAGUUGGGAGGUUACGACGAGGGUCUGGAUAUUUAUGGUGGCGAGCAAUUCGAGUUAAGUUUCAAAAUAUGGAUGUGUGGAGGAGAGAUGUAUGAUGUGCCUUGUUCACAUGUGGCACACGUCUUUGCAAAUCAAGACAUACGUCGCUAUAAUGUUUUAGAUUUUAAUAAAUAUAUGAUCAAGAAUUUGAAACGGGUAGCAGAGGUGUGGAUGGAUGAUUACAAAAAAUAUAUUUCUUGGUACAAGCUAUAUGAGAAUCUCGACGUUGGUGAUCUGUCUAAACAAAAAGCCUUGCGAUCUAAAUUAAAAUGCAAAUCCUUCCAGUGGUACUUGAAAAAUGUGGCAUUUAAUAUAAUGUUAAUGUACCCCCCUUUCGAUAUGCCAAAUUAUGCCUCCGGGGCCAUACAAAAUUUGGGAAAUCCACACAUGUGCGUGGACUCUCUUCGACGUAAUAUUUCGCAGCCUAUUGGCGUUUAUCCUUGUGCCGAUAAUUUGGUUCGCCCCCAAAAACCACAGCAUUGGGCGGUCAACUUCCAAUCGGAAUUGCGAAUGCCUAGAACAAAAAUGUGUCUGGAGGUCCGCACAUCGCAACGUAAUGCGCCAGUGGUGCAGUGGCAUUGUCACGGGAUGGGCUCAAAUCAGUAUUGGUACUACGAAUUUAAGACCAGGCUUCUGAAGUACCGUAAGGAUGGCGCCCGUUGCCUAGAGAUGUUGCCACAGAGCAAAGCGUUGGUCGUCAAUACUUGCAACAAGACCAAUAUAUACAUGCGUUGGAAUUUUGGUUAUAUCAAUCGGACGGCGCUUCUAAACUUCAAUAAAAACUACACAUAUAAUUUAUGGGAUGCAUUGUAAAUAAUAUAAAUUAUAGAAUACACAUACAUAAUUAAAAUUAA